AGUUCAACACUUGAGAAAACUGGGUUCCAGUCUUGGGCCCUCCACUGUGAAUUUGGGUCAAUUACUCAUUCUAGCUCUCUGGGCCUCAGUUUCCUUAUAUGUUAAAAGUAGAGACAGAUAUUUGCUCUGAGUACCUUAGAGUUCUCCAAAUUCUCAAGUGAGAUAAUGUGAUGGCUUUUGAAAAGUCUAAAAUUGUAUCCUCAGUGCCUAGAACAGCACUUAUUUAUUUACCAAAUACUUGUAUAGCACUUACUGGGUCCCACUGCCUUUCUGAGCACUUUAUACUUUAUUCACUUAAUGCUCACAAGAGUCCUGUGAGGUAGGAAGUAUUAUUAACCUCAUUUUUACAGGUAAGGUAAAUUAAUUGCAGUGGGUAAGUGGCAGAGUUGCAUCCACCUGGACCACAGUCUAGUUGCACAGUCUGUGUGAGCUCGACACAUAGCUCUUUGUCCUUUGUAAAGGCAUCACCUUCACAUUAGGGGACUGAGCCCCCCUCUCUGGCGAUAUAGGUACAGAUAUUCUCCACUGUGCCAACUAAUGCUGGACAAUAAAAGGAACAAUACACUGUCCAAAUAGAAUACAUCGUUGGAAUCAUUUAUUUUCUAUAACUCAUCACCAAGUUUCAUGUUUUGCUCUGCUUACUUUUCUUAGAUUAUUUCUACUGCGCUCCUAGACUACUCAAAUCACUGAACACUUUACCGUCUGAAGUAUUAUUACUACUAUACUGCUCUCCUCCCUCCUGGUGACCUUUCAUGUACAAAGUUUCCACUAACUAUUUUUAGAGUGCAGUGCCCAGGCAUGAUGCAGGUUCAAGGCAACUUACUGACAAAUUAGCUUCAAAAAAGAAAGUCUAGAUCAGCACCUCCUAAUUUUGUGCUGUAAAUGACCCCUAUUUCUUAAUGCCUUAUCUUUAACUCUCCUCACCCCACCCUCAGAUGUGCUGGGAGUGGACCAUGUUGAUCCUGAGAGGCGAUUUGUGGACCCAUAGUGUGUGAUACCAGAAGCUCCCAAAAGCCACAGACUUGAGCUAAGGCACAUUUUGGUGAUUGAGAAACUCUCUGUGUAAAGGACACUUCGUGUGUUGUUCACAUUUAGAGAAAAAGCCUCCCAUUGACCUUUGCCUCCAACUGCUCAUGUCUUUGUGUUGUUUUCCCACCAACAGGUCUGGAAGUCUUCUACUUUUUCUCUAUCCUUUCUAUACCCAUUUUCACUGAGAGAAAACCAUCCUCUGGUUGCUAAAUACACUUCAUUCUGAGAACAUUGGUGGGGAGGUACAGAAACUGUUUGACUUUUAAAAUGAUGGUUGAAUAGUAGCAUUUCCUACUUGAUAAACUUUUCUUAAAUUAAAAAAAAAUUAACACCUCUGCUGUGUUUCUUCAUUAUCUCUGUCCAGAGGCAUAGGACUUAGGGCUUCCUUAUUAAGCUAAUUACUCUACCUGCGUACUGAAGGAGAGUGCAGUUUAUUCAUGACACCCCCCCCCCGCCAUACUAGAACAGGAGCAGAUACAUUAAAUGUUGCUAAAAGUAUUAUUUUGCACUGAGAAACGUCAACUGAAAAAAACACAUAACGUGAGAGCUGGGAGUUCAGCUUUAGUUGGGGCUUUCUGAGGACUGUAGCUCUUGAGGAGGUGCGGGUAUCAGUAUAUAUAUGAUUUUGCUGAAGGGGGUAUGUGCAAUCAAACACACAUCUUAGUAGAAGUUUGCUGCUGGUUAUGAGGAACAGGUGUCUCCACUAAUGAUGUUAGUGCUUUUCUAGGUAUGAGAAGAUGCAAAAAAUUGGGCUCAUAAAAAUUUCUCCUGAAAAUAUCUAACUCUCUGAAGGCGUCUUCUGCCACUUUUCCCCAGAGCACACACAGUGCCUCAUUCCUGACCUGCCCUGAACUCCUUUCAGGGUGUGUUAAAGGUCAGCGACGGCAUUGGCUAGUGACCUCCUGCUUGUAGAAUCAGAUGAUUCCAGACCAAAAUUGAAACAAUGGUCGACCUCACGCAGCUAAUGGAGAAUGAAGUAUUCAUGGCCUUUGCCUCCUACACAACGAUUGUUCUUUCAAAAAUGAUGUUUAUGAGUACUGCAACUGCAUUCUAUAGAUUGACAAGAAAGGUUUUUGCCAACCCGGAAGACUGCGCAAGCUUUGGCAAAGGAGAGAAUGCCAAGAAGUACCUUCGGACAGAUGACAGAGUGGAACGUGUACGAAGAGCCCACUUGAAUGACCUCGAAAAUAUUGUGCCAUUUCUUGGUAUUGGCCUUCUGUAUUCCUUGAGUGGUCCAGAUCUCUCUACUGCCAUCCUGCACUUCAGGCUCUUUGUUGGAGCACGAAUCUACCACACAAUUGCAUAUUUGAUACCCCUUCCCCAGCCAAAUCGCGCUUUGGCUUUUUUCCUUGGAUAUGGAGUUACACUGUCAAUGGCUUACAGAUUGCUGAGAAGUAGGUUGUACCUGUAAAGAGAAUCAUACAACUCGUCAUCCAGUGAUUUUCUAACAAUUCUGUACUUCCAAUUUAUAACAAAUACUUUUUAAGAUUUUAAGUGGGAAGGGAGCAGAGAAAUUAAGAUAGGGAAAACCUAGUCUGAAUAUUAAUGUCACCAAUAUCCUUUAUUCUUUUUUAAUAUUUGCACUAGAAAUUUAACAUAAUUUUUAGCUCUUUUGUCUUAUUCUUAAAGUACUUUGUUUUAAAUUUUGAUUGUAAUUUGUAACAUUAUUCAACAUUUCAUAUUUUAAAUCUUUAGAAAGAGUAAGUACAUGUAUGUUAAACUUGUAUUUCAGUAUUGCUGAAACUGGCAUAUGAAAUAAAGAAUUUAAAGAACGA